AUGCUAUAUACACGACGAAUACAUACAGCAUCUGUAUUAACAAAUGAAAAAGUGCUGGUUGUAGGUGGAUACAACGGCUUUGUUCUAAAUAGCGCUGAGUUAUAUGAUCCAUUGACAGAAACUUGGACAGGCACUCAUAGCAUGCAUGAGAUACGAUAUGCACACACGGCAUCUGUAUUAGCAAACAGUAAAGUAUUAAUUGCUGGUGGAUACGAUGGUACCUUUGCACUCAAUAGUACAGAGUUGUAUGAUCCAUCAACAGGAAAUUGGACAAUCGCUAGCAGGAUGAAUGAUGCACGACAUGCACAUGCAGCAUGCAUACUGGCAGAUGGAAAGGUGUUAGUUACAGGUGGAGAAAUUGGUAUUUCUACUUUAAAUAGUGCUGAAUUGUAUGAUCAAUUAACAGGAACUUGGACAAUGACUGGUCGUAUGAAUGAUGCUCGAGAUUCACAUACAGCAACUGUAUUAAAAAAUGGGAAAGUGUUAGUUACUGGUGGACAAAGUGGUACUAAUAUUGUUAGUAUUACUCUCAAUAGUACUGAAUUGUACGAUCCAUCAACAGGUACUUGGACAAUGACUGGACAUAUGAAUGAUGCACGUGAGGUACAUACAGCCACCCUAUUACCAGAUGGAAAAGUAUUGGUUACUGGCGGACAAAAAGAUAAUGAUAUUCUUAACAGUGCUGAAUUAUAUGAUCCAUUGACAGAAACUUGGACGAUUAUUGCAAGCAUGAAGAAUACACGAGAAGUACAUACAGCAUCGUUAUUAAUGAAUGGAAAAGUUUUAAUUGCUGGUGGAUAUAUGGGUAAUACUACAGAAAUUUAUGAUCCAACAACGAGUACUUGGGUAGAUGGUGGUGACAUGAAUGAUGUACGAAUAUCACAUACAGCAUCAGUAUUAACGAAUGGAAAAGUAUUAGUUACUGGUGGAUUUGGUAAUGUUAAUUAUCUCAGUAGUGCUGAGCUGUAUGGUUAA